AUUUUAGCAUCAAUCAUGGGGUUGAACUGCUUGAUUGUAGGUGAAACUAUCAAGUGAAGAAAUAUCACGUGCGGUCGCGUCCCACGCUUUACGUGAUAAACACGAACUUUAUCUCCGCCGCGUCUUUGCAUUUGCACUCAACAACAAAUGCGAAGAUAAAAUGUUUAAACCAUUCCGGCCUCCACUUUUGAAAAGUGUGCCAAAAUCUACUAAGCCCGUAGAUGAUUUCUCCAACAUCCAGGUCAUAUCGGAUUCUGAGGAGGAAAUCUUGACCAAACCAGUGGCAAAGAAGAGGCGACUUUUAAUACAUGAUGUCGAAGAGGCUCCAAAGAGUAAAGCCUCAAUUACAUCUUCAGCUGCCAAUGCGCGUCGGAAACCUUUGGUUGUCUUAAGAAACCCCACUGAAGCAAAUCAAGCCGCUAGUUCGUCUGAAAAUACAUCCAGGGUCGACGGAUAUUAUUUGGUAUUAUGGUAAUUUAUUGCUCCCAUCUCUGCUUGACAAAUCAUACUAAUGAUGACCUAGGCGCAAAUUCACGAUGAAAAAGCACAAGACAUGGGAUGGAGAUGGAGUACUCGCCGUUACUGGAGGUUACGCUCGGCUUCAGAAUAUCGAUGGCAGGGAGAUGGGGCGCUGCAUGUACAACGAGCCUCUAUUACCCGGCAGUACAUUGAGUAUUGGGGGAAAAGAAGUAGAGAUUGAUGCUACCAUUACAAAGGCAGACUUUCUUGCUGGCCGACCAUUUCUCAAUAACAGCAAUAAAUGUUCUGUACCAGAGAGCAACAGUCCAGUCGCACAAACCCCGUCUCAUACUACCUUAUCGAGUGUUUCGAAAAGUAACACUGUGAGCACAGUUGGGAAGAGGAAGGACGGUGGCUUAAAUUCAGCUAUCCCCGCUAAAAGCUUCUAUGCAUCUGCCCCAAAGAGCGAUGCAGUCAAGUCUCAAUUUAAGAAUCCUCUACUAGCAACAACUGUCAUGCCACAGAACAAGAACGGUCUUCCGACUCCCCGUCAUGAUCCUUCAGUACCAGGUGCCAUCGUCAUGCAACGUCCCAAUCCCAGGCACCUUGCUAAAGGAAAGGAAGUUGUGGAUGUUGUCGUGGAUCCUUUUCUAGGUAGGCAUUUACGCGACCAUCAAAAGGAGGGGGUUAAAUUUUUGUAUGAGUGCGUUAUGGGUUACCGAUCUUUCAAUGGACAGGGUGCAAUUUUAGCUGAUGAGAUGGGUCUGGGAAAGACGCUGCAGACAAUUGCGCUCUUAUGGACACUAUUGAAGCAAAAUCCGGAGCAUCCAAAUGAGGGCGGCGUCAUAAAGAAGGCUCUGAUAGUCUGUCCAGUCACUCUUAUUGCCAAUUGGAAAGCAGAAUUUAAUAAGUGGCUCGGGAAUGAGAGAAUAGGAGUGUUUGUCGCUGAUGGGUCCAAAAAUAUUCGACUCACCGAUUUUACUCAUGGCAAGAGCUAUAGCGUCAUGAUAAUCGGAUACGAAAAGCUACGUACAGUACAGGAAGAACUGAAGAAAGGAGGUGGAAUAGAUAUAGUCGUUGCUGAUGAAGGACAUCGCUUGAAAACAGCUGCGAACAAAUCAGCGCAGGCAAUCAGGAAUUUGAAUACAGAGAGGCGAGUAAUCCUUUCUGGAACACCAAUACAGAAUGACUUGUCUGAGUUCUUUACAAUGGUGGACUUUGUGAAUCCCGGCCUCCUCAAUGGCUACAAUACUUUCAAAAAAUGUUUUGAGGCUCCAAUCUUGAAAAGCAGACAGCCAGGUGCUACCGAGAGUGAUAUGGAAAAGGGAACGGCCCGAGAAGAGGAAUUGGCGGAGUUGACCAAGUUGUUCAUUUUACGCCGCAAUGCGAGUAUACUCGCCAAAUACUUAAAGCCAAAGACAGAAUAUGUGUUAUUCUGCAAGCCCACGCAGGCUCAAGCUGAGGUCUAUCAGCAUGUUCUUGCCUCCCCGGUCUUCGGCAGAGUCCUUGGUAGCUCAGAAGCAUCUUUACAGCUUAUCACUAUGCUCAAGAAAGUUUGUAAUGCCCCAAGCCUAUUAGUCAAGAAGAACGACACAGAUACUCCUAGCAAUUCAAAUGUCGCCCAACUUCUUGAAAGCAUCCCUCCUGAAAUCCUGAGGAAAAACGUUGUUGUGGCAAGCAGUAAAUUUAGAGUCCUAAAUCGUAUGCUGAUAAAGCUUUCCACUACAACUACUGAAAAGAUAGUUCUUGUCUCCAACUAUACGUCUACUCUCGAUCUACUAAUGUCUCACCUUUCGUCAUUGAAUUUGCCAUUCUUGCGCCUCGAUGGUAGCACUCCUCAGGCAAAGCGGCAGGAUUUGGUGAACACAUUCAACAAGACACCUGCAUCUAAAUAUUUUGCAUUCCUUCUUUCAGCAAAAUCUGGCGGUGCUGGUAUUAACUUGAUCGGGGCAUCGCGCCUCGUAUUGUUUGAUGUUGACUGGAACCCUGCAACGGACCUUCAAGCCAUGGCACGUAUUCACCGUGAUGGUCAGAAACGACCAGUAAAGAUAUAUAGGUUUUUGAUGUCAGGAGGCAUGGAUGAAAAAAUUUAUCAACGACAAGUCACCAAGAUGGGACUCGCUGACAGUGUCAUGGAUGGCAAAAAGAACGAGGCCAGUUUCUCGGCCGAUGAGUUACGAGAUCUCUUUAGAUUAGAUGUGAAUGCGCGAUGUCAAACUCACGAACUACUUGGUUGCGGCUGUGAAGGCACUGGUCGCGAGGAGUCGACUGCAAUGACCUCUGAAAUUUUGUUGGUUGACAAGGAACUGAACGCCAGUGAGGAAGUUGAAGACGAUGACGACGAAUUUCCUGUAAAUCCAGCAUGUUCACUGGUAACAGCUACCAGAGCCAACGUAGAAGCUCAGCAAAAGAUUGCUCUAGAAGUCGGUCAAGGAAAGCGGCGGUUCAACAAAGGCAAGAAGAUGCAGGCUUUGAUGGAGUAUAGACACAUUGAUACUUCCAUAUUCACCAGUCCGGCGAAAAUCACUCCUAGUGAGGUCGACCAGGUGAAACAGUCACUAGAUGAUGAAGUCCUACUUACGGUUCUAGAGGAUGAAAGAUGUAAAGUUUCCUUCGUUUUCACCAAGAAAGGAUAGACUCGAUAUCAAGACCGGGGCUCUUCUUCGGAGAUAGUGUUAAUUUGCAUUGCUAGGCGCUAUUAGAUAGAUUUUAUAUAGAUCAUGCUAGAGUUGCUAGAUGUCUGAACGAUGAUGAAACGUUUCAUGAAGAGGCUAUGAUAUAUAGAAGAUAAUUAAGAAUAAGAAUGGCUUGACUAGAGGUGAAUCUAUACGAAUGUCUAUACAUAAUCAAUAAACUAAAGCAUCUCGAAUUGGUUGUUGAUUAUCUAUAUUAGGGGCUACAUAGGGAAAUAAA